UCGUUGCAACGUUUUGCUGCUAGGGUGCACGAGAGGCCACGCCUUUGCACUCGGAUGACGACGCCAUGUUGCAUGAGCACAGGUGAGUGAGCUUAGUGCUUGAUCGGGAAGCAUGAGUGACUGUCGUCGACAGCGAGGGUCGUCCUCGGACUGUGAGUAGUGACUUGGCCAACAUGCUCAGAUCGGACACAGAUUCACCGACGCCCGUCGUCUGCACGACCGAGGAUGACAGCGAUGACGACGUCCUCAGUGUCGGCUGCGAGAGUCCACCACCCGCCUCCACCUCGGCAUCCACCUCCGACCAGGAUUCCUCCGGGUCCACCUCAAAGGCUGGUUCACCCAAUGCCCUUAGCUUUAGCAUAGACAAUAUUCUACGUCCCGAGUUCGGCACGCAUCCAGUUGAUCUGACCAAACAGAAGUCGGCACCAGUGUCCACUCCGACUUCGAAAAGCACACCAACCAGCCAGGCCUCCUCACCUCCAGAAAUGCUCUGGCCGGCCUGGGUCUACUGCACGCGCUACUCCGACAGACCUUCCUCUGGUAAGCAAUCUAUUUCAAAUAUUGUUUAUCUGUUUCGAAAUCUCUUCCUUAUAGACAUGAAUCUGCAUUACAUAUUACAUUGCUGUUAAAUUGUUAGCAAAG